UGUAGGACGACGACAAACCUCUUAAGAGCUUGCAGUAAAUGGAAAGUUCUGUUGAAUUGGCGGGCUGACAACAUGGAUUUCGACACACCGACAUUGACUUAUGAUGAAGAGGACUAUGGCCGAACGCCACCAAAUCAAAAAGCCAUAUUUAUCUACGAAUGGCUCAGGAAUCUGGAAGAUAACAUUACAACUGUCAAGAAGACAGAGGUAAAAAAUUGUCAACAGAAGCUUGAGGAACAACUCUCAAAGCACUUGACUAUAGUCCUUGGACCUCCAACAAGACAGCUGCUCUCUAGAUGCUUUGCACUGUUGUACAGUAUUGGUAACACCACAACAUUGUAUGAAACAGUCAACAAGUGCAGUGAUACCAUCAAGUACAAGGAUGAUUCACAGUCUUACCUUCCAAUAAAACUGUCUGCAGUAACAUGCAUUGGUGCCAUUUAUGAGAAACUAGGACGAAUGGCUGGUGGAUCUUAUCAGGAGACUGUGCAGACUCUAAUCAAAGCAAUGAAAAAUGCUGAGUCUCAAGGACGCUGUGAAAUCAUGCUGAGUCUGCAGCGAGUUUUAAGUGGUCUAGGUAGUAAUGGAGCAGCCUUACACAGAGAUAUUUACAAAGCUGUAAAAGGAGCUUUGACAGACAGAAGCAUGUCAGUUAGAUGUGCAGCCGCAAAGUGUGCACUGGAGUUAAUGAAACACGCCAAUUUCCUGUACACCUCUGAACUGGAGGGUGUAAUAUCAACAUGUUUUAAAGCCUUGGAGGGUUCUAAUUAUGAUGUACGAGUCUGUGUUGCUCAACUGAUUGGUACAUUAAUGGCCAUGACGCAACAGAUUUCUUCAGUAACAGCAGCAGCUGGAAAGAACAAGAAGACAUGCAGUCUGGAAGAAGUGUUUGCCUACAUGUCUGGAGGAUUCCUGCGGGGAGGAAUUGGAUUUUUGAAGGGAAGUGGAGGAGAACUGUUGAAGAGUAUUGCUCCACGAGAAGUGAGAGUGGGAGUUACUCAGGCCUAUGUGAUAUUUUUUACUGAGAUGGGAGGCCUGUGGGUGCAGAGGAACAUCAGCUUGAUCUUGAAAAAUGUUCUGGAGCUCCUUUCCAGUCCUAAAGCCACUCAGACUCAUGUGGAUGCAGUGUACUCUAGACGUUCUAUUUCAUUUAUUUUGCGGGCUGUGCUUGGACGACAUCUUGGUGAACCAGCUCAGUUAGAUGCAGCAAAGGAACUGUGCAGCUUAAUAACAAAGCAAAUGAAUAAAGUGAAUGAUUCUGUGCAUAGCGCAUCAGAUGGCAGCAGUUCAGCUAGUGUUAUUCAGAACACAGAUGAUGUGAUCAACACUCAACACGUUCUUGUGUGUGCUCUGCAAGAACUGGGAUGUUUAGUUCAAGGGCUCAGUACCACAGCCAUGUCUCUAAUUCAGGAGAACCUCUUGGAUCAUGUUCUGUCAGUGUUGCUGCACCCAGCUCCUGCCGCUCAACUGCUUGCUGCCUGGUGUCUGAGGUGCAUCACAGUUGCUGUUCCAUCACAGGCAACACCGCUCAUCGACCGGUGUAUCAAUCGUAUCAGUUCCCUUAAGUCAUCUGGAGAAGCAGUUGGAGGUUACGCCCAUACUUUAGCAGCUCUUGUUGGAGGAGUUCAUAAGUGUCCUCUUGGUAUCCCUCAUGCUAAAGGAAAGGUUGUAUUUAACGUAGCAAAUGAACUUCUAAAAACUGCUAAUCAGAAUCCAAGACUUGCUCUCCACAAAGCUAAAGCUGGAUGGAUACUCUUGGGAGCACUGAUGACAUUAGGGCCAUCAGUUGUCAAACAUCAUUUGCCACAGAUGCUUGCUCUGUGGACAAAUGCUUUUCCAAAGACAGUGAAGGAAUUUGAUCAGGAGAAGACCAGAGGUGAUGCAUACACUUGGCAUGUCACUAUGGAAUGUCGUGCAGGAGCACUGUGUUCAAUGGCAAGUUUUUGUACAAACUGUUCUGCUCUUCUAAGUGAUGACCUCACCAAGCGUCUGCUGUCUACUACUGAUGCGUGUUUAGCAAUGCUUCCAAGCCUACCUCAGAUCAUCAAGCAGCAUGGAAAUCACUUGAAAGCAAGUGCUGCUAUUGUGCGACUGAGAAUGUACUCAGUGCUGACUCUUCUUCCACCAAAAUCUUAUGAAGGAAGUUUUCAUUCUUUGCUACGUAGCUUGGUUGCAGAAUUUACUUUGGCAGAAAAUCCUGCCAUGACAACCACAUCUUUGUUAAAAACUGUGUGCCAUAAAGAUGAUUCCAUUCUUCUUGGGUCAUGGCUUCAAGAAACAGACCACAAGUUUGUGGAGGAGCAGCUACAAACCAACAGUGCAUCAGGGUCAGGAUCUUUAGAGCAUGAUCACUCUUGUAUAUUUGAACGCUGUCCAGAGGGAGAAGACAUCCCUGGUCCACUACCUUUGGGCGUGGCUGUUAUUGAUGAGUCAAUUAAGCUGUUUGGAACUGUGUUCCCAUUUGUGGCACAAAAGCAUCGUAGCCAGUUGUUAUCACAUUUUGCUGAGUGUAUUCGUCAAGCAAAGUCCUCAAGACAACAAGCAAUACAAACAAAUGUAUUGACAGCAUUUUUGUUUUCUUUAAAGGGUAUUGCUGAAGCAAAAACUGGUCUGGGUGAUGAAGACGUGAAGACCACAGCUGUUAAUUUAGUUAUGAAUGCAAUAACAAAUUCAGACCCUAUUGUUCGCUGUGCUGCAGGAGAAGCCCUGGGUCGCAUUGCACAAGCUGUUGGGAGCCCUGUUCUCACGUCAAACAUUACUCAGAAGAUCUUUGAUCAACUUAAGGCAGCAAGGGAUGCAGUGUCCAGAACAGGCUACUCUGUUGCUCUGGGCUGUAUCCAUCGUUAUGUGGGUGGAAUGGCUUCAGGUCAUCAUCUUAACAGCAGUGUCAGCAUACUUCUUGCCUUAGCUAAAGAUAAUUCAUCAUCCUUGGUUCAGGUAUGGGCACUACAUGCCUUAGCCCUUAUUGCUGACUGUGGAGGGCCAAUGUUUAGAAGCUAUGUUAAUCCAACAUUGGAGCAAGUUGUUGAUCUGGUAAUGACUGUCCCACCAGCCAUCACAGAGGUUCACCAGUGUCUUGGAAAGUGUUUAGCAGCACUAAUCACCUCAAUAGGACCUGAAUUGCAAGGAACUUCAAAGUCUAUAAGAGAUCUGCGCCUGUCCUGCAUUGUGGCAUGUGCCAUUAUGCAAAACCAUCCAGAUUCCUUAGUACAAGGAGAAGCAAUUAACUGCCUUCAACAGCUUCAUGUGUUUGCUCCAAGUCAUAUCAACCUUGGGCUUGUGGUCCGUAAACUCUGUGCCAACCUGUCAAGUCCUCACUUAUUGUUGCGGAGAGCCACAGUAGCCUGCCUGCGUCAACUGUCCCAACGUGAAGCUAAAGAAGUUUGUGAACAUGCAUCAGCUGCUGGAGAGGAGCUUCAUAAGCAACAACAGUCCAGUUAUGCUGUUGUCAUAGGAGACAAAGGCCUGGAAGGGGCACUGUUUGGUAUGUUGGACACAGAAACAGACUCACGCAUGAGAUCUGAUAUUCAUGACACAUUGAACAGCAUGCUGCAGACACUUGCAGCUCAAAACCUGACACAUUGGCUGGGCCUCUGUAGGGAUGUGCUGUCUGCAUCCAAAAGCAGCAAAGCAGCGAAAGGACCAGAAGUUCAAAAGAGGGAUGAAGAACAAGAGGGUGAAGAGGCAGGUGAAGGUGAUACUGACGAAGGUGGAGGAAUGACAGCAGGAGAAGCUCCUGAGGAAACACACCCUAAAGUGGAUCCACGCUGGCCAACCAGAGUGUUUGCAACUGGAUGUAUCAAGAAAAUUAUUGUUGUCUGUCAAUCAAAACAGGGUCAUUUUGAUUUGGCAGUAGCACGCACAUUGCGAGAGGAGACUGGAGAGGAUUUUCUUGUUAUGCAUCUUCAAGAGCUUGUCAGAAUGGUGUUCAUUGCAGCCACAGCAACAUGUGAUCAUUUGAAGCUGGAGGGAUUAAGCACUUUACAGGAUGUUGUCAACAUGUUUGCAUCAGUACCUGAUCCUGAUUAUCCAGGGCAUGUUAUUCUGGAACAGUUUCAGGCUCAGGUUGGGGCUGCUCUGCGACCAGCAUUUGCUUCAGACAUGCCCUCUGAUGUCACAGCCAUGGCAUGCGAGGUUUGUAGUGCAUGGAUUGCCAGUGGUAUCGCAAGAGAUCUUAAUGAUGUACGGAGGAUUCAGCAACUGUUAGUCACCAAGCUGUCAAAAGUUGGGGAGGCCAAAGAUUCUUCUUUACAGCUGUACAAUGAAGCAGCUACUACAAUGGAGAAACUAGCAGUUUUGAAAGCUUGGGCUGAGGUGUAUAUAGUUGCCAUGAAGCAGCAGGACAGUCCAUCACCAGUGAAUGCUGGAGAUGAAGAGUUUUCUGAACAAGCUGGGAGCCUCUUGGAGCUGGUAGAACCUGAGUUGAAAUCUCUCAGUAAAUACUGGCUUGGUGCACUGAGAGAUCAUGCACUUCUUUCUCUACCUGCAGAGUAUGCAUCUCAGUUGCCUCCUCAUGGUGGAAUGUUCUACAGUCCUGACUCAAUGGAGCAAGCCAAGCCACAUUACCAAAGUUGUUGGCCUUCCAUUGUUCAUGCAGCCUCCUUGUGGCUGAACAAUGGUGGAUUUGAAAGCACUAAGCGUGAUAUGGAGCAAGGAAUACCAACUGAGCCUCUAAACACAAGCUCUGUUGAUAUGGUGACACCUGCUAAGACACCAACAGAUAUCAAUGCAGACUACUUUCAUUUACUGGUUGGAAUUUGCAUGGAAUCCUUGUGUUCAUCCAGAGCAACACAACCCAACAGUACUGUGUCUGCUUGUCUAAAUGCAUUCUACAGCUUACUGGAUUCUAAGUGGCCACGCACUCUCAUAGGAAAUGAACAAAUCCUUGGUGUUGAAAUGUUAAGUGUGUUACACAGAGUACUGCUCACAAGGGACUCUCGUGAUAUCCACUUGGCUGCCAUGAGAGUUGCCAGACAGAUUGUUAAAGCUGCUCAAGAAUCAUUAGAAGGAAAAAAGGCUGCAGCUGCAAAUUCUGAGAGCAGCUCAAGUAUAGAUGCAGAGGGAGAGGAUGACUUAACGCCUGGAAGAUCCUUAGUGUUUGGUGUGAUGGAGAUUUGUAUGUGCAUCCUCACAAAACAGCUUCCAAACCUUCUCCCUUCAUCUGCCGCAUCCAGCCAGCAGCCAGUUAUGUUGGUGUCUAUUGGCUCAGGGUUUAGAUCAUUAACAGAGGAGAGCUCCAAACUUAUAUCUGAAGCACUUUCAAUCCUCCCAUGUGUCCCUGGCCUUUGUACACCAGAGGCUUCUGUUAAUGUUCUACCAAGUGUACUUUACCUUUUGACCUGUGCCCUGCGUGAGGUGGCCUCAAUCCAAGACUCCACCUCACAGAAAACAGUUUCAGCUGCACUACAGGCUUUAAAACAGCUUACCACAUCUGCAUUCACACAGCACCCUAAAUGUUCCAAGGACUGGAUUGACUUGCUUCAAAGUGCUUUAGCCACAGUUUUGUCAGAUUCCAAAGCUAAUGAGGAGUUUGCAGCUUUUGGUGCAGUAUCAGAAUCACCUGCGAUGGAUGACUCUGUGGUGAUGCUUGCAUUGGCCAUCUUCAUUCUCUCAGCACCAAAAGAAGUGGUGUUGGCAUCAGACUUACAGCAACAGUGUAUUAAAUUAUUUACCAGGUGCCUUAAAUCAACAAUGCAGAUUCAGCUCAAGGCUCUACAGACAUUGGAGUCUGUCUUCCAGUGUAGAGAGCGUAGUGUUGCCUAUCCUUUCAUCAAUGCUUUAGCUCCUCACAUUGUGAUGAUUUUGAAUGACAUGUGUGUUAACAAGCCAAGCAGCGAGGAACAGGUGACAAUCACUUUAGCUGCCAUCAAGAUCCUGGAGAAUUUGGUGGAACGGACAGAUGACCAUUUAAAGGUGCAUAUGCUAGGAUUGCUUGUACCAAUCCUUAUAUCAUUGCUGUCAGACAGUGCUAACCUCCCAAAAGGAGGGAAGAUAACCAGGAACCUCCAUGAUCAGGCUCUGCAGAAACUUAUGAAAAUUGGACCCAAAUACCCUGGGCCUUUCCGUAGCAUCAUGAGUUCACAGCCUGAACUAAAGUCACGUUUAGAAAGUGCAGUCAGAGCUAAUCAGGCAUCAGCCAAACCAAAGCAACCAGCUGUCCAGGCCAAAGUGGCACCAGCACAGCCAUCCAUCAAGCUACGUAUGGACUUCAGUAACUUCAAAUAGCUGGCUUGUUCUUACUAUGAUUAUCAGUUGAGUGAGGCAUGGAAAAAGUUUUGUGCUGGGAGUUUGACUAUAAAAUAACAAUGUUACCAAUAAAUGACUGUGAAUAUGUGAAAGUCAUAUAUUUGAACUACGGAUAAAGGCAUGAAUAUGAAAGAGAUCUUCGCAGUAAUGAACACUUCUUGCACAGUAGUGAAAAUAAGGCCUGAAAAAAAUAAUUCAGGCCUGUACAGGAUCCCAGGAUUCGGGAUUCACUGCUCAAGUAGUGUUCAUUACUGCGAAGAUCUCUUUCAUAUUCAGUGUUACCAAUGGCAACAAAAUCUCAAGAGCUGUGUCUCCAAACGUCAAAUGUGAAAGCCCAUCAUGUCAAAUGAAAUCCCAUCACUGGAAAAGGAGCUGGCCUAUGACAGUUACUCAAUUUUAAAUAACAAAAUGUGCUUCUUAAGCUUCCAUUACACCUCACUCAAUUAAAAUUGUAGUAUGUGCUGCUGUAUCAAGCUUACUGAAUGACAAUUGAUCAAUAGUUCAGCUAUAACAAAUCAAAUACAAUCAUUUAAUUUUAUUUUGUACAAAGAUUUUAGAGAUAUGAUAUAACCAUAAACAACUGCAAUUUUAGUUCACGCAUAAGUAAAAUUUGAGUUCUAACAUGAAACUUACACACUCAAGAAGCCCUGUGAACUAAUUGACAUGUUGUAACUAAAGAAUCUUGGCAACAGAUGGAUCCUCUUUGUUUACAUUCAAAUUAAAAAAUCUUAUGAUUGUCUAGAGUGCUUUGACAUCAAACAGCUAAAUUGAACUUAAAUCAACACACUGGACAUAGGAAAGCUGAAAAUAAAACUUUUAUGACCAAAAGG